CUGGCAAGAGUAAUCGAGCACGAAACACGGAAGCCCUCUGGUGGUGGAAGAGAGAGGUGGAUCUGUCAUGUCAAUGUUCUUUCAGUAUGUACUGACUGUCACGUCCGGUUAUAUAUGAAUAUACGCGUGGACACGUAAUUUCAGAAUUUAAAUAGGCUAGGCCGACUGAUAGAUAUCAGUCUAGAGGGCAUGCCUGACACGGGUUCAAAGGACACGUAGCAUCAAGAACUCUUUAUUGGGACCAGAAAAAGAUUCUUUCAAGAAAUCAACUCCCUAUGCCGUGAGAGAAGAGAGGUGUUGCUGCGGCGAGAGGAGGAAGCCCUAAAACAUCUUGCUUAUCUUGUUCCGUCUCGUGUGACGGGCUGGCUGUCCAUUUUGAUGCCUGUCUGGAUGUAAAUUCUCUCUCACAAAUUUUUCAAGUCUGUUAAAGUUGAUAAAUCGCCAUCAUGUCGUACGAGGCAUUGAGUAAAUUCUUAGACUUCACCAGCAUACCUGACCCAGGAUCUCGGUUCACCCUGCAGGAUGUCAUUGCCACCGGCACUUACGCAGAGGUCCGUCUGGCCCUGGACACCGAGAACGACAACCGGAAGGUGGCCAUCAAGAUUAUCGAGAACAUCAAGGAGAACCUGGAGGAAAUCGAGGAGGAGUGUCGGAUCUUCCAAGAACUGUCUGGUCACGAGAACUUCCCGGAAUUCUACGGCUCUUUCCUGAAGAAGACCAGUAACUUUGAAGAACACCAAUUUUGGUUCGUGAUGGAGUACAUGUCGGAGGGAUCGGUCUCCGACCUUGCUAGGAUGUAUUCCAAGAACGAGGAAAGGAUGUCGGAGAAGCUCAUAUCCUAUAUCCUACGAGAGAUCAUCAAGGCUGUGAUGCAUCUCCACGCUUCUCACGUCAUCCACCGAGAUAUCAAGGGAAUGAACGUCCUUAUUGCGGAGGACGGAAGAGUCAAGUUAGUUGAUUUUGGCCAGUGCGCCCACUUGUCCGAGACGAUGGGAAAGAGGAACACUGCCGUCGGCACCCCCUACUGGAUGGCCCCCGAAGUGAUCGAGUGCGAGCAGAAGCAGGACCAUGAUUAUGACAACCGCGCCGACGUUUGGGCGAUAGGUAUCACAGCCAUCGAGCUGGCCGACGGAGAUCCACCAUACGCAGACAUCCACCCCGUCCGCGCCCUCUUCCAGAUCCUGCGCAACCCCCCACCCGUGCUAAAGAGAGCUUCUGACUGGUCUCAGGACUUCGUGGACUUUAUUGCUGAGUGUCUGGUGAAGACGUGUGACCAUCGUCCCGUUAUUCUCGAGAUCAUUGAGCAUCCCUUCAUUGGUAAUACUCCAGAAGACGCCACGGAGGUAAAGAAGAAGCUGAUAGAUGAAAAGAAGCGUUUAAUGGCACUGAAGAACAAUCCAGAGCGACCUAUGACGGCUAUAGCUCGACAGGGAUACAUCAAGACGGACAGACACGCAGCCCCCAAGAAAAUGAUCGUCGAUGAUCUAGCCGCUCUGGAGUUCUUCAAUGACGAGGUGGUUCUGGAAAACCUCUACAGCCGUUACGAAGAUGGCCACAUCUACACCUGGCUGGCUGACGUCCUGUUGGCGGUCAAUCCGUUCAGCGAGAAGUGCAAGUAUGACGCCGACGUCCAGGUGAAGUACAAGUCGAAGGCUCGCAACCAGAACGAUCCCCACAUCUUUGCCAUCGCUGAUCGAGCUCACCAGGACAUGAUGCACCACAAGGAACACCAGACUAUCAUCCUUAGUGGUGAAUCCGGCUCCGGGAAGACGUUCAAUUUCCAUCAAGUUGUUAAUCAGCUGUGUCACAUUGGUUCGAGUAAUCCAGGCUUGAUUGAAAAAAUUAAGAAGGUAUCGGUGAUCCUGGAUGCCUUUGGAAACGCCGUGACGCAGCUGAAUGCGGACGCCACCCGCCACGUCCGCUACUUCGACAUCACCUUCUCCAGGACGGGCAAGGUCUCUGGAGCCAUCAUCUGGCUCAUGAUGCUGGAUAAGUUCCGCGUCACGGAGAGAGCCAGAGGCGAAGGCAACUUCCACAUGUUCUAUUACCUGUACGACGGUCUGUCUCAGAGCUCACGGCUGGCGAGGUACGGCCUGAAGCUCGGCCGCAAAUACCAUUACUUGGCCAAGCACCCCUUCGACAAUGAAGUCACCAACGCCCAGAGGUUUAACAAAGUGGAGGAGGCGUUCAAGGAAAUCGGCUUCACAGACCGGGAACUGCACACAGUGUACGUGGUUUUAGCAGCUAUUCUGAACAUAGGAAACAUCAGCAUCACCGGUGAUCAAAAUGCCUCUAUAGUGGACAUGGAGCCGGUGAAGGAAGUCUGCCGUCUCUUGGACGUGGAGGAGAAGAAGCUGACUUGGGCCCUCUGUAACUACUGCGACGUCAAGGCCGGGAAGCAGGUCGAGCAAGCCAAGAAGACCGAAUUCGAGGCUGAAAUGAGCAAGGACGCUCUGGCCAGGACCCUCUACUCUCGUCUCAUGGACUUCGUCGUCAACACGAUUAACGCCAAGCUCUCUGUCACCAGACUGGUCUUUGGUGAUCCUUACGCCAUCGGCGUUUUGGACAUGUUUGGAUUCGAGGCCAAUGACCACAACUCGUUUGAAAACCUUCUGGUGAAUGUGGCCAACGAGCAAGUUCAGUAUUAUUACAAUCAGUAUAUUUUCAACUGGGAGAUGCAAGACUAUUCAGCGGAGGGAAUUCCCGUGAAGAACUUCACGUUCCCUGACAACCGCCACAUCUUAGAACUCUUCUUAGCAAAGAACAGCGGUCUGUUCGCCGUUCUUGAGGAUGAAAGCAGGGAGAAGAUGGGAAAUGACACCUCAUUUGCAUGUAAACUCAAACAACGGCAGAAUCAGAAGCAGAUACAGCAAGUGUCCGAAUUCACCUUCGCAAUCGCUCACUUCGUGGGUCGUGUGAAGUACGACUUCCACGGUGCGGUCAACAAAAACAGGGACCACAUUUCUGUAGAACUCAUCCAGACGAUGAGGAAGUCUGCAAACGACCACAUCCGGGGGAUGUUCUGCAACAAGCUGACGAAGACGGGUAACGUCACCGUCGAGGGAGAGGACCCUAAGGCCAAGAAGAAGGGGGGUGCCCCUCAAAAGAAGCCAGAUAAGAAGGAGUCCAGACGCUUCAACACCAAAUCCAGAGGACAGAUGUCGCAGACGCGUCACGUGCAGACUUGGGGGAUGACCUUCCGCUACUCCCUGAUCGAACUCCUCUACAAACUGACCAAUUCGCAGCCUCACUUCGUCCGGUGCAUCCGCUCCAACAUGGACAACUCAGGGUCGGUCUUCGAUCGAGACAUGAUCAAACAUCAAGUGAAGUACCACGCCGUUUGCGACACCAUCAGGAUCAGACAGCAAGGAUUCUCGCACAGGAUUCCUUAUCAGGAAUUCUUGAGGCGGUACCAGUUCCUGGCCUUUGAAUUCGACGAGACGGUGGACCUGACGAAAGACAACGCCAGACUUCUGCUGGUCCGACUCAAGAUGGAGGGAUGGGCCAUUGGCAAAGACAAGGUCUUCCUCAAGUUCUACAACGAGGAGUUCUUGAGCAGACUUUAUGAGACGAGCGUGAAGAAGAUCGUGAAGAUUCAGGCUCUGAUGAGGGCCUACAUGCAGAGGAAGAAGAAGCUGAAAGGUGGACAAGGCAAGGGAGGGAAACCUGAGGAAGAGAAAAAAAAGAAAGGACCCACCAGGGAACUGACGAAGGACGAAGCAGCUACCAAGAUUCAGAGCAACUUCCGUGGAUACAAAACUCGUCAGGAACACCCAGAAAUUGCUGAGAAAAUCAGGAACCGCGAAAAGUUCGGAGAAGCCACGAUAGAGGGAGAGGCGGCCAGGUACGUGCAGUACUACUUCCGGAAGUGGAAGAUGCGAACUCUCUUCCAGCAGCUGCAGAUCUACAGGGCAGAUAAGCAACAGCAGCUCAUCUACUUCUCUCAGCAGGUUCAUCUGUACAGUCAAGAACUCCAAGCGAAGAUGCAGCGGCUCAAUUACACAAUGGAACUCGCCAAAGUUCGCAACGAGGCCGUGGGUUCUCACAAACAAAUCAUAUCCCGAGCGGCGCCUCCCCAGCCGAAACUGGCCCUCGACCACAUGAUCACGGCCUACUUCGACACCACCUUCCUCUGCGAUCCGAGUCGGGCCAAGAAAGGUCGGCAGCAGGAUGACGACUGGGAGGCGCCCUUCAAAUCCCGAGCGUCGGCUGCCCGCUCUGCCAACAUGGGUAUUGAUGACGGGUCUCAGCCCGGGAAGGGAGGAGCCGGAGGAGCCUCAGGAGCGAGGGACACUGGGUACACCCCUAUGGAUGUAAGGUCAAGAACAGCCAUGUUCAACCAAGGGGGACAUAAUGCGGAUUACAGUUACAACGAACCUGCCACGGGAGCCAGCGCAUACAACAGAUUUGCCGGUAGCAGUACGCCUCGUGUAGCCCCGUCUUACAACAAGUUCGCUGGCGCCAAAUCGAACUACGCCCCGCCGACUCAGUCUUACCUUAAACCUACAGCUCCAAAGACGCCUGUAGUGGUCAACUCCUGGAAUGACAGACAACAACACAAUGGUUACAGUGACAGCAACUACGACGACGACUCCCAGGGAACCCACGACUUCAGGAAGCACUUGCGAAAGACGAACCGGUCCGCGAUUCUGGAGAUGGAAGCCAGAGCAACAGGGGGCGCUUCCGAAGAAGGGUCGUUCAAUUUCCAGGGCAUGCUCCGCAAAACGAGUCACUCCCGCCAGAGCAUGAAGAGAGGGGAAGGUGGGGGAGGAGACGACUACUACAACGGUGGAAACGUAACUCCGACCUUCACCGAGGAAACGGAGGAAGCCAUGUUGUAAGAAGGCGCAGAUUUGCAUCUUUCAGGCUGCGUACCAGAAUGAAGAAAAAAAAAAAAAAACAUCAAUGCGUCACUUGCACAUCAAAAUGAUAAACAGCAGAUGAUAUCUGUCAGGAUAACAAGAGUCCCUCAGAGAUGAGUUAAGCAGUAGGAUGUGAAUCUAGGUGCCAUAUUUUUGUUCAUGGUUUCCUGCAGCAAGGGCAUCUAGUAGGGACUACUGGUAUCGAUAUUUUUUCGAAGGGGAAUUUCCUGCGAUGAGUCUAAGCUCCAGUAUUGUCCUUCGAUGAACAGACAAAUGAAACCAAUGCAGUUAUAGAGGAUGCUCAUUCUUCCGAGAUGAUAUUUUCUGUAUUUAUAAUUUUACUGAGAAUGAAAAUUAAGGAACUGGGCUUACUUGAAAUGCAUGAAUAUCUCGGUUUCUGUUUUUUCAUCGCUUGUAAAGUAUAGAAACAUGUUCUUCCUAGAUUGAAAAUUUUUUUUAAACAUAUUGUAUAUUUAUAUAGAAUGUUGACCAGCUGUAAUGUCGCCCUUAUGUUUAAAAUUGUCCAUGACUGCACGAGGUACAAGUGACCUGUGCUUUGCUGAAAAAAAAUAGUACUGCUCAUAGAUGAAUUAUUAAGGUUUUCCUUUAUUGAAAUUCAUUAUAUGGACUAUACCAAGCUCAUUAUAUCUCAUUUGUGUAGUUGUAGAUUAGAUUAUAAACAUAUUUCAUAUGCUUCAAAUGGUAUGAUAUGCAUUUUACAUUGCAAUGUGUUGUGCACAUUUGGAAAAAAAAAUAUUCACCAAGAAAGGCAUCAGUUGUACAAUGGUUGUGUUGAAAUCAUUUCUCAGGUGAACUGGAUGUUAUUCCAACGCGAGGAAAAAAAAUUGUACUACGAGGGUUUAAAUUCAUUCCAAUUUGCUUCUGUUGCAGUGAGGAAGUAAUUGAUAGAAAUUUAAUAGCUGUUGAUAAAGUUUUUAUAGUUAAUUGUAAAGAAAAAAUAAAUUAUAGAAAUUUUUUUUUAAACACUAAGUGUCUUCGUAACUGUUUAGAUUUGAGAGGAUUGACAGGAACAUAUAAAAUCUCGGGAUGAGAUAACAAGUUCCGUUUCUCUUCAGUUAACAAACUGUAAGAAUCUUUCAAUGUAUUUAGUGGAAGAAACGGAUGAUUUUGAAGCAAUUUCGUCAGCAGUUGUUCUCUGGCCAUAAUACAACUCUGAUAUAAGUUAUUUGCAAGAUUACCAGUUGAAGCUAUUCCUUUGAAAAUGACUAUGAAAUAUAAAGUACUUAAUAUAUGAUAAUAAGAAUCUA